AAUUUUCUAUGGCCAUCUUCUUCUUCUUCUUCUUCCUACAAUUCAUGACAGCCCUGCAAUCAUGGAAGCCCCCGCAACUGCCGGGGCAGAAAAUCCAGGCUCUCCACCAACAUUGUCACCCCCAAACGCUAUAUAAAGCCACCAUCGUCUUCUCCCAUCAAUCAACAACCUCAGAGUCGGCGGGGAACAGCGGCGCCACUAAUAAUUUCCCCAUAGGCUCUGUCGCCGGAAUAAUACAUACAGUAAUAAUACAUUACAGAUAAUAUAUAUAUAUAUAUAUAUUUAAAAAAGAAAUGGCCGACAAAAAGAAGAUGGCCAUAGCCGGCCUGGCUUCCAUCCUCGUGGUGGCCAUGGUGGUAGCGGUGGCCGUCGGCGUGAGCAAGAAAAGCACCGGCGGCGAUGAGAACCUCAGCUCCUCCACCAAGGCGGCGCACUCCAUUUGCGCCCCGACUGAUUACAAGGAAACCUGCGAAGCCAGCCUGGCAAACGCCACCUCCGACGAUCCGAAGGAGCUCGUCAAGGCAGCGUUCGAGGCCACCGUUAAGGACAUCGAGAGCGCCAUUAAAAGCUCCUCCCUUCUUAACGCCGCCGCUGCCGACGACCGGACCAAAGGCGCCCUGGAAGUCUGCAAAGAAGUGCUCCACGAUUCCGUCGACGAUCUCCGGCGAUCCUUCGACAGAGUCGACGAAUUCGAGAUGAGCAAAAUGCAGGAGUACGUCGAGGAUGUCAAGACAUGGCUGAGCGGCGCCAUCGCCCACCAGGACGCCUGCCUCGACGCCUUCCUCAACACCACCGGCGAGACCGGCGACAAGAUGAAGAUCUUGCUGCAAACCUCCGGCGAGCUGCUCAGCAACGGCUUGGCUAUGGUGGACAGCUUCUCUUCCAUGUUCUCCUCCUUGGGACUCGACAGCUUCUUCUCCAGCAGCCACCGCAGGCUGCUUUCUGAUCAGCCGCCGCAUUGGGUGGACGCCACCGCCAGAAAACUCAUGGAAGCUUCUCCGGCCGCCGUCAAAAAGGAUAUUGUCGUCGCCCAGGACGGCAGCGGCGAUUUCAAAACCAUCACCGAAGCUAUCAAUUCCUUGGCCAAGAAGAGCAACGAAUCGAUUGUGGUUCAUGUCAAAGCUGGCGUUUACAAGGAGACUGUCAUCGUUCCUAAGAACGUCAACAACGUCAAAUUGAUCGGCGAUGGACCUCUCGUCACCAGAAUCUUAGGCAACAAGAACUACGCCGACGGCACCUCCACCUACCACACCGCCGUCCUCGCCGUGAACGCCGACGGCUUCAUGGCAAAGGACAUCGGAAUCGAGAACACCGCCGGGGCGGAAAAGCACCAGGCGGUGGCCGUCCGCGUCUCCGGCGACAAGGCGGUGUUCUACAACGUCCACAUGGACGGCUACCAGGACACUCUCUACACCCACAGCUACCGCCAGUACUACCGCGACUGCUUAAUCUCCGGCACCAUCGACUUCAUCUUCGGCGACGCCGCCGCCAUCUUCCAAAAGUGCAAGCUCGUCGUCCGCAAGCCGAUGGAGAACCAGGCGUGUAUGGUGACCGCCCAAGGCCGGAAGGACAGGCGCAGCAUCGGCGUCACCGUCCUCCAGGGCUGCGCCAUCGUCGCCGAUCCCGCCUUCCUGGCCGUCACUCCUCCAGUGAAUGCCUACCUCGGCCGCCCAUGGAAGGAGUUCUCCAGGACCAUCAUUAUGCAGAGCUACAUCGGCGGCUUCAUCUCCCCCGACGGCUGGUCGCCAUGGAUGGGGAGCUUCGCCCUGGACACUCUGUACUACGGUGAGUACCAGAACAAAGGACCCGGAGCUGACAUGUCGAAAAGAGUAACCUGGAAGGGAAUCCAGAAGAUGACUCCAGAGAUCGCGGAGAGCUUCACCGCCGCCAAGGUCUACCAGGGGGAUGAAUGGGUGAAGGCCGCCGGAGUCCCCUACGAUGCCGGAAUGAUGAGCGCGUCGUCGCUGCUGAGCCCUAAUUAAUUAAAUAAUUAAUACUAUAUAUAUAUAUGAUCGACCAUUUCUUUUCAUAUUGU